AUGUCGAACCGGUCUAUGCCCUCGUCCUUUGACGAUGACGAGCAAUUCUACAAGGAGUCCGGACUUCAACAAGUCAUCAAAAAACUCAAGCGAGAGCCUCUAAUCCCGAUUGGGUGCCUGCUCACCGUUGCCGCCUUCACCGGGGCCUACCGCGCAUCGCGUCGCGGCGAUCACCAUCAAGUACAGCGCAUGUUCCGAGCUCGUAUCGCCGCCCAAGGGUUCACAAUUGUCGCCAUCGUUGCCGGCGGCAUCUACUACUCCGAGGAUCGAGAAAGGAAGAAGGAGUUCCGGAAGCAGCAGCACUUGCAAGAAUCCGAAGACAAACGCAAAAAAUGGAUCAAAGAACUUGAGGCUCGCGAUGAGGAGGACAGGGCGCUGAGGGAGAAGCUUGAACGACGAAGACAGAGGGCAUCAGAGCGCUCAAGUACUGAGUCAAGCUCAGAGGGUAUUGUCGCACAAGCAAAGGCUUUGCUACAAGAUAGCAAGGAGCCUAAGGAUACCACUCAAGAAUAUGAUAACCCAGCUACAACAGCAAGUGGGGAUAAGAUCGGGAGUACAGGCCCUCUCUCGCUGAAUGGCUGGUUCGGCGUCCUCAAGAAGACACCGGGAGAUAAGGAAGAUAGCGUAGAGGGACCGAAACGUGAUCCGGGUCCUUCGGAAAGGUGA